AUGGAAGUAGCUGGUAUUGUGUCGAAUAAGGAUGAUUUCGAAAUGUUUUGUUCAACAUUUCGUAGUUAUUUUAUUGGUAUUUUAUUCACCAUACUAAUAACAUCUGUUAAUCAAUUUUAUUCUUAUCGUACAAUACAAUAUACUAUACCACAGUAUGUUCUAUUAUUGUUAGCUUAUCCACUAGGUAAAUUUCUUGCGUGGUGUUUACCUAAAAAAAAAUUUAUAAUAUUUAAUUGGAACUUUUCUUUAAAUCCUGGCUGCUUUACGAUAAAAGAGCAUGCUAUUAUCUAUAUAAUGAUAGUUAUUGCAAGUAGAACUAUAACUGCAAUUGAUAUUAUUGUUAUCAAACAUGUUUAUUUAAAAAUGGAAACUAAAUUUAUAUGGGGUCUUCUAUUGGCAAUAUCAUCACAAACUAUGGGGUAUGGAGCCGCCGGUAAGAUAUUGUUAAAUUCAUUUACUUUUCAUGCACCAUUCAUGCACAUCUUAAUGCCCCCCUCCCUCAGAAAUUAUCUCCGGCACUGUACAUCCGAUCUUGACGAAACUUUCCAUAAAUGUUCGGCACAAUGAGUUACGGGAUUGAAAACAUUUUUUUGUCUCCAAGUCUAUUGGUUUAGGAGUUUUCCAGAGAUCAAGGUCCAAAAAGGACCCUGAACGGCGUCCCAAGAUUUUUUAAUAUACUUCAAGCUGGAGAGUUCGGGUUUGUUUUAUUUUAAACUAGACACCUAACUACAUCG